AUGGGACGCCGCGAUCGUCUCAUCAGCACUUCGAUCCUCCGCGCAGUCUUCAAGUCCGACUCUCCCAGGAAAGAUGAAAAUGGACGCCUCGGCCUAUGGGCGCGCAUUUACGCAUUUUUCGCCCUCUUCAACCUUACCCUCGCGCGAUUUCGCGCGUCAUUAUUUAAGAUGCUGAGAAACGAAACGUGGGGAAUAGAAGAGGAGGAAUACACGGAGAGUUUCCGCAGCCCUAGCAGCAGUAAGCGGACAGACCUGGUAGCAGUUGGGGACUUGGGCUAUUCGGGAUCGACGUUCUUCACAACACCAAACUCCAAGUUCCUAGUCAAGUCGCUGCCACGGCAUUUCGAACAGUCAUUUUUCCGCAACCGUCUUCUCGAUCCCUAUGUUGAGCACAUGGAGCUCAAUCAAGACUCCCUCCUGGUCCGCAUCACCGAUCUCCUCUACUGCCCCACAGUGACUGUUGGCGCUGCACUGGGUACGGCGCCAAGUCAUCACAUCAUAAUGGAAAACAUCCUUUACGGAAAAUCCACCUGCAGCGAGCACCACCAGAAACAAUGGGAGACGUAUGAUCUCAAGCCAAACGACUACUUCUACCCCGAACGCGACAUAGCAAACGGCAGACUGGCACCGGAGAGUGUAAAGGAGCGCCUCAUUGACGAGUUCAACGACAAGGUGCGGGUAACGAUUGAUGAAAAGGAGGAGCUGAUUGCGCAACUCUCGCGAGACUCGAAGAUCCUGCAGGAAAACAACGCAGUCGACUACUCGCUGUUCCUUGUCCGUUAUCCAGCCAAUCUAAGCACUGCCGACAAUAGCCAGAUCCCGCCCCCUCCAGGACGUGGAUCCUCAUGGCGUAGUGGUCUGGUGUCCCGCGACGGCAAGUGGGUCUAUAGGGCCGUCAUCCUUGACUUCUUCUGGGCCAAAGAUGCGCUUCAAGCCCAAACGCUGACAGGCCUGGUCAAGCUCUUCAACACGCUGAAGCCCGGAAAGGAUCAUGGUCCGAUGAGCAUCACUACUUCGAGCGAUGAAUACAGGCAAAGGUUCCUUGGAAUGGUCGACGACAUGGUUGAAGUGUUGGAUAGCACUGGCAGACCCGCAGGCGAAGUGCGCAACCAUGUCGCUGUCACUGCUGGUGAGCCGUAA